UAAAACUCAGAAAUUCCAUCUAAUAGAGACGCCUCUGAACUGGACCAACGCUCAGCGUUACUGCAGAGAGAAUCACACAGACCUGAUCAGCGGACGACAGCAGCUGGAUCAGUUAAACAAAACUUGGACUGAUAACAUGAAGGGGAAGCUGAGCAACACUGCAACCCGUGUUUUCAUUGGUCUGUUUAGUGACAUGUGGGCGUGGUCAAAUGAAAGCAGCUUCUCCUUCAGAUACUGGGAUCCACAGAGUGACAGGGAUAAAAGUUGUGCUGUUUUAACAAACAAGGGCAUGUGGAGCACAGAUGACUGUAGUGAGAAUAGACCUUUUAUUUGUUAUAAAGAUCAUGUGAUCCUGAUCAAAGAGAACAGGACCUGGGAGGAGGCCUUAUAUUACUGCAGACAUCACCACCAUGACCUGGUCACCAUCACUAACAUGGAUGAACAGAGAUGGGUCCAGGAGAAAACCAAGAAUGCCUCCUCUCCCUUUGUGUGGACUGGACUGCGCUACACCUGCACUCUGGGGUUCUGGUUCUGGGUCAGUGAUGAGGUGGUCCACUAUAAGAACUGGGCCUCACCUGGACAGGGGAAUGAGUGUGACAUGUCAGGAGCCAUGGAGACAGGAGGAGAACACAAGUGGUUCAAGAAACAUGAUGAGGAGAAGUUCAACUUUUUCUGUUCAAAGUGAAAAUCUGUUCAAUGAUUACAGUUCUUUUUAGUAUUUUAUUUACUGGUUUGUUGGGCUUAGUGCAGUAUUUAGUUAUUAUUUUUGGGUCUUUUAGUUAAAACUGCGAUUUUGCGAUAAAUUUGCAUUGUGUUGAUUUGUGUGUAAAAUAGUUUUUCUGGUGUAGUUCUGUGUUUUCAUGACUAAAAUGUCAUGUUUUUUU